AUGCAGACAGCCCACCUCGGGGGCCCAGCUGGUGAUCUCACAAGACUCUUUGGUUCAUGCUUAAGUGGAAAGGAUAGACGAGAGCAUUGGAAAGAACUUCUCGAAUCAUUCUAUGGUUAUUUGCAGGAGGAAGUUGGUGGAAACGAGAUGCCAUACACUCUAGAACAGCUGAAGGAAUCAUACCGCCGAUUCUUACCAUUUGGUGGCUUUUUGGUCUUACCUAUGUUUGGUGCUUUACUAGAAAUGGUGGUCAAAAGUCCUAAUGAGGAGUUUAAAAAUCAGGUGGGUCAGCACGAUGAGGUUGGAACAUAA